AUGUCUGCCACCGAAUCUGCAAGAAUGCAAGGGCUCCAGACCUGGCUUGCCGAGAAUGCAUCUUGGAACUUCUCAUUGCUCGAAAUUAAACCAUCUCAAAGGGGUGGUAUGGGCGUGUUUUUCCGUCUAGAUACUGACACAGAACCGGGGAAAAGAGGCAUCUUGCUUCGAAUUCCGAAAUCUCAUGUGCUUUCGCCCAAAAACUCCUUCAUCUACUCGCUACUUGUGGACCACACCUCCUCAAACGUAGCCAUCGGUCUUUCUACAGGUAUGCAUGCUCUUGUGCUUGCGUAUAUCUACGAAAUGGACUUGGGUGAAGAGUCUCCCUGGCAUUUAUACUUACUGUCUUUUUCUGCGGAAAAUUCGCCAAUUCCCCUCUGUUUGUGGGAAGACACGGAAAAGCAGGCGUUCUUCAACACCGAGUGCGAUCUUCUCGACAUGCUUGACAGCUCAGAAUUGAUUGCUUUGUACAUUGAAUGCUCCACUUUUGCACAAAACAACAAGGAUGUGGUCCACAUACCGGCAGUGUUUGAAUCACCCACUCCCAAUCCAGAGAACCUCAAGCUUUUUGGUCGAUGUGUACAGACGGUGGUCUCUCGGGCUUUCUAUGUCGAUAAGUUUCAUGGCCUUUCUCUUGUUCCUGGGGCAGAUUUAUUCAACCACAUCUCGCCGAUAGACUUGGGCAAGAUAGUGGAGGAGCGUGAAAAUGUGCACUUCACAUGCGACGACAACGUGUGUGAAACAUGCGGCGAAACUGAGUGUGCACACAUGGAUUUCGAAUCGGACGAUGAAGAUGUCGAAGACAUGGACGACAUGAAAGACGAAGAAAACGCCCAGGGCGAUGGAGACCAGGAAAGUGAGGAUGAAAACGCCGACAUCGAAGUGAAAGAAAACCAAUUUGCGGCCGCUUUGGUUGAUGAGGAUAUGAAUGUGGAAGAAAGUGAGGCCAGUCAGACAGAGAGUGAGAAUGAGCGUGAUCCUAGUGAUACCGAAAUCAUGGAUGAUCAUAUCUUCGAGAAUGAAGGGAUUGACGAGGACAAGCCCAUCACCAUGGAGGAUAUUGAGAAUCUCGAGGAGAUUUCCGAUGCCGAGACUAUACAAGACGACGAUGAGGCCUCAACCGUGUCAUCCAUUGAGGAAGAUGCUCGGGACGAUGAGACCAGAGUCGACCCCACUGCUUCUCAGGUAGAACUUGCCGAGGAACUCCAAAACAGAUCCAAAUGUUGUGAUGUCAUAUUGAUGCAUCUCCCGGAUAGACUUUAUGACUUUGAGGUAUUCAACACGUAUGGAAACGAGUUGCUGAAUCUGUUCUUGUUGCAACGCUAUGGGUUUGUGACAGUCAAGAAUCCGAACACGUCCUGUCUUCUUCUGGUGCAGAUGCUCAGAGACUUGAAAAAAUUCAAGAAGACGGCACGUGGAGAACAACAAUUGGAUAUGAAGAUACUGUGGUAUGAAAGCUGUGGUUUUGAAAUCGUUAACCAAAUCUGUGUGAAACGCGCCACGGAGAUUAACUCUGACGAUGAUCAAGGGGGAAAAGACAGUUGUGAAGCCGGAUGUAUAGAUGAUUGCUGUGAUGAACCCGAAACAGAAGAGGUUCCGGAGAGCUGGCAGCUAUCUCCCAAAAUCACGGCUGACGCAGUCCCGAGCCCUCAAACUCUCGCGAUUUUGCGGCUCAUUACAAUGAGCUAUAACAUCUUCUACAGCAAGCUUCGCCGUUCGCCAAGUGAGCGCAAGUUGGAGAAACGUAUUGCUAAGUACUUACUACAAGAGGAGAUAAGUCCUUCAGAGAAAAGCGUUUUGAAGAGAUGGAUCCAGGAAAGGUUGGACAGGUACAAGCCAAUAGGCGAGGUUCCAGACGAUAAAAGGGAAAUCAUCGAGACAAUUCAUCUGGAUGAGAAAAAGCUCUUGAUAAAAGCCCUUGCUGCGCUCAGCUGA